AUGCAGUUCUCCAGCAUCGCCACCUUCCUCACUCUCGCCAUGACCGCCGCCGCGGCUCCGGCUGAGCUCGUCUCUCGCACGACCCCCGUCACUCCCUCAACCUGCGCCGGUGACUACAAGCCCUACUGCUGCAACAGCGAGCCCCCGACGGGCCUCCUCCCCCAAGUCAUCGCUGGCCUGCUCGGCGUCAACGUCAACGCCCUGCUCUCCUGCACUGUCGGUGUCAUCGGUGGCCAGUGCUCCAACAACGUCAAGUGCUGCAAUGGCAAUGCUGUCAACAACGGCAACAGCUUGAUCUUCAUCGGCAACGUCCAGUGCCUCCUCUAA